AUGCAGGCCUUGCUGCCGCUCGCGGGCAACAACAAGACAAGCGUUGCUGCUGCUGCUGCAGGGAGACACAACAAAUAUAUUUUUGAUAGAAAGAAGUACAGGUUGUUGCAGCAGCAGCAGGAGCAACAACAACAGCAGCAGCAGAAGCCGCUGCAGCGGCAAAGACAUCAGCAGCAUCACGAGCAGCAGCAGUUGCAGCAGCAGUUGCAGCAACAGCAGCAGCAGCAGCAGCAGCAACAGCAGCAGCAGCAUCACUUGCUGCAGCAGCAGCAGCAGCAGGAUUGGCAGAGGCAAGAAGGAUACCAUGAGGCGCAUAGGGGGGAGGGGUCUGCAGCAGCAGCAGCAGCAGCAGCACCUGCUACAUCUACCUUUGUAUGGAGGUGCAGCAGCUGCAGCAGCGGCCGCCUGCCAGCAGCAGCAGCUGCUGCUGCUGCAUUAGAUGUGCUGCAGUUCAGCAGCGGUGCAGCAGCAGCAGCAGCAUCGCGUGCUGCUGCUGCAUCAGCAGCAGCAGAAGCCAAGGAAGACGAAGUAGCAGCAGCAGCAGCAGCAGCAAAGUCUGCACGCAAGCAACACAGGCAUCGUGGCCAUCGAUGGGGAGCCAGCAGCAGCAGCAGCAGCAGCAGCAGCAGUAGUGAAUCAAGCGACAGCGAUGACGAUGACAGCAGCAGCAGCAGCAGCAGCAGCAGCAGCAGCAGGCGCAUGCAUUCUCAUCUAGAGAGGAAGCUGCAUGCAGCAGCAAAACAUAGAAAACGUUAUCCUACUCCUUCUGUUGCUGCAGCAGCAGCAGCAGCGGCUGCUGCAUGCUGCAUGCAUGCAUUGGCACUUAAAUACAAAUACAGCAGCAGAGCUGCUGCAGCAAGAGAGAAGAAAAACAGCAUCAGCAGCAAGAGCAGCAGACGCAGCAGCAGCAGCAGCAAGUGCAGCAAGAAGAGACUCACAGACAUCGAGGAAGAGGAGUCCGACACAGCAUUGCAGACAACAGGCAGCAGCAGCAGCAGCAACAGCAGCAACAGCAGCAGCAACAGUAGCGACGACGACGACAGCAGCAACAGCAGCAACAACGACGAGGACGAAUGCACGAAAGGCAACAGCAACAGCAGCAGCAGCAAGAGCAACAGCAACAGCAGCACUCCUGCUGCUGCUGCUGCUGCUGCUGCUGCUGCUCUUGCUGCUGUUGGUUACCGCAGGUAUGCUGUUGGCAGCAUGAUUUUCAUGACAAAAUCAACUGCAGCAGCAGCAGCAAACACUGCAGCAGCUGCUGCAAAGACUGCAGCAGCAGCAGCAGCAGCGGCAGCGAAGGCUGCAGCAGCUGCUGCAAAUACUCCAGUAGCAGCUGCGAAAAGUGCAGCAGCAACUGCAGCAGCAGCAAUACUGGCACCGGAGACAGCAACAACAGCAGCAGCAACAGUAGCAACAGCAACAGCAAGAGUAGCGAUACUGGCAGCACCGCAUGCAGCAGCAACAGCAGCAGAAGCUGCAGCAAGUGCAGCAAACCAAUUGGGGUGUAUGUGCACCUCAUUGCUGCAGCGGCUGCAGCAAGCCAUGGGAUCUUUGCUGCUGGCGCUGCAGCAGCUGCUGCAGCAGUUGCUGCUGCUGCCUUCGCGAGAGGACGCAGCUGCUUCUAGCUGGGCGUCCACCGCAUCGAACGCUCCCCUCAGCAGCAGCAGCAGCAGCAGCAGCAGUAGCAACGGGCAGCUGCUGCUGUGGCAGCGGCGAGCUGCUGCUCCUGCUGCAGCAAAGAGUCUACACGAUAUUAUUUUGUUGCUGCCUGGUGGCAUGCUGUUUGCUGCUUACGGGCUGCUGCUGCUGCUGCCGUUGGUGCUGCUGCUGCUGCUGCUGAUACGCAACCUGCAGCAGCGGGAACGCAUAAGCAGCAGCCUAGCAGCAGCUCGCAAGGCUGCAUGCAGCAGCUGCAGCAGGCGGAAGCAGCAGACCGUGGCUUCUAUAGAGCUCAGCACCAGCAAAACCAGCAGCAGCAGCAAAACCAACACUAGCAACACCAACGGCGGCAGCAACGACAGCAGCAGCAGCGACGGCGACAGCAGCAGCAGCAGCGACAGUAGCAGCAGCAGCGACAGCAGCAGCAGCAGCAGCGACAGCAGCAACAGCGUCGAAGACAGCGGCAGCAGCAACAUCGACAGCACCAGCAGCUGUAAUGUCGACAACAGCAGCAGCAGCAGCAGCCCUAGCAGCAGCAGCAACAGCAGCAGCAACAGCAGCAGCAGCAACAGCAGCAGCAGCAGCAGCAGCGGCAGCAGCAUAACGAGCAGUCUGCGGUCAUCUGCAGCAGCAAAACCUCCCGUAAGCAAACGUCUUCGUUGGGGAUUCUUAAACGUAGCCCCUAUAACACCAGCCAGCAGCAGCAGCAGCAGCAGCAGCAGCAGCAAUAGCAGCAGCAAGAGCAAGAGCAGCAGCAGUAGCAUCAUUAGCAGCAGCAGCAGCAGCAGCAGCAGCAAGGAGUGCAGCAACAGGGAUGAUGGUCUUGUUCCUUGGUUCCUUUGCUUAGACCUCGGCCUCCCUUGGUUAGGUGUUGCUGUUUGUUUGCUGCUGACGAGGCAGCAGCAGCAGCAGCAGCUGCCGCUGCAGCCACAGCAGCUGCUGCAACUGCAGCAGGAGGAUGCACUGCUGCUGCUGCUGCUACCUUUCUGCCUAGUUGUUGCUGCAUGCGGAGCAGCAACAGGAGCAGCUUUGCUGCAGCAGAUCUUUCCUACUGUUACCCCUAACUCUGACUCUGAUGCUGCUGCAUCAGCAGCAGCAGCAGCUGCAGCAGCAGCAGCAGCAGCAGCAGCAAACUUGUCUAACUUGGACGAUGUAUCUCCUGCGUUACGUGACGUACUAGAGCAGCAGCAGCAGCAGCAGCAGGACUUGAUGGCAUCUACUAGCAGCAGCAGCAGCCGGCGCAGCAGCAGCAGCCGUCCUAUGCAAUUGCUGCGUGCUGUAUCUGCACGUUUACCAUCAGGUGGUGCAGCAGCAGCAGCAACAGCAGCAGCAGCAGCAGCAGCAAGAGAGCUACGUCGCUCCUCUUUUGUAUGUAUAGAAGCAACACUCAAGAAAAGCCCCACACUUUUGCUGCUGCGUCGUGUUGCUGCGCUGCAGUCAGAGAUGGCGCAGCAGCUGCUAACAAGGAGAGCAGCAAGAGCAGCAACAGUAGCAGCAAUUGUAUUAAUAUUAUUUGCUGCUGCUGUUGCUGUUGCACUCAUCAAGCUUGCUGCUGCUGCUUACUUCGCACCAGGAGGGCAGCUAGUGCAUGCACUAGAGCGGCUGCUGCUGCUGCACAGCACGCAGCAGCUACCCCCCAACCAACCAGCAGCAGCAGCAGCAGCAACAGCAGCAGCAGCAGCAGCAGCAGCAGCAGCAGCAGGGAGAAUAAGGACAGCAACAGUUGCUGCUGCCUUCCAUCGUCUCUAUGAGAGUUCCUUAUACCCAGACAACGAAGGAGAGUUGCCUCUUGCUGCUGCUGCUGUAUAUAAUCCCUUAAUUGCUGCUGCUGCUGCUGCACCAAGAUCGGCAGCAGCAGCUGCUGCUGCUAGUGCUGCUGCUGCUGUACCUGUUGGCACACUUGACGAACUCCUACAGCCCCUACACCCUCUGCUGUCUGUAGAGAUGCAGCAGCAGCAGCAGCAACAGCAGCAGCAACAGCAGCAGCAGCAGCAGCUAGAUGCCCUCGGUGCUGCUCUCUGCACUCGCGAGCUGCUAGGUACUCAUUCGCAUUAUUUCUUAGCUGCUGCUGCUGCUAAUUCAAGACAGCAGCAGCAGCAACAGCAGCAGCAGCAGCAACAGCAGCAGCAGCAGCAGAGGGAUUGCAAGAUAUAUAUAGCAGCAGAUGCUGCUGCUGCUGGUGCUUCUCCCUUUUCUUGGCCUCUUUCUUCGCAAUGUUUGGUGCAGCAGCAGCAGCUGCAGCAAGAGCAGCAGCAGCAGCAGCAGCAGCAGCAGCAGCAGCAGCAGCAGCAGCAGCAGCAGCAGCAAAUAGUAGAUGAUUUAAAUGAUGCAUUUGCUUCUUCUUCUUUUAACUUUUUAAUAACAACAACCCCACCGCAUGCAAUCCCUGCCAUCAGCAGCAGCAGCAGCAGCAGCAGCAGAAGCAGCAGCAGAAGCAGCAACAGUCGGUACUGUUUGCUGUUUGCUGCAGCAGGCCUAGACGAGGCGCAGCUAAAUGUUGCUCCUGUGCUGCAGCAGCUAGGAGUAUCCUCUCUUCCUUGGCCGCUGCAGCAGCAACACCAGCAGCAGCAGCUGCAGCAGCGGUGGCAGCAGCUGCAGCAGCAGCAAAGAAAUGCACAAAAGGGGCUGCUGCUGCUCUCCCUGCUGCCUUCUGUCUUUGUUUAUUAUAAAAUUGAUCCUCUGCACCGUAGGAGACUAAGGAGACGUGCAGCGCAGCAGCAGCAGCAGCAGCAGCAGCAGCAGCAGAAGCAACAGCAGCAGCAGAUGCAGCAAAACUAG